AUGGAGUAUCAAUCACACGGGCGGUUGCUCGCUUUCGCCAUUCUCCAGAGUCUCAUCCCCUCCGUUGUCCUAGCCACAACACCCAAACAGUCUACUCUACGUUACCUGGCUAUACCAUGUAUGAUAGGGAUCGUACUCCAUAUGAUGUACCCUACUCAGAAACCGGGGUACCCAUCGGCAAAUCUCAUCGGCAACUCUGCAACCUUCAUCUUGACAGCGAUGGACUUGCUGCUCAUCCACCCUCAAGCCGGGCGCGACUUUGUCGACGCCAAUGGAAAUACUAAAGGCUUUUUAUCCCGUCUAUUCCAGGCUCUUCAACUACUCACAUGCACACGGGCGAUCAAUACACCUCGACAAGUGAAGAAUGUCCCGCCAUUCCCAGAAUACUACACCAAGAGAGAUCCGAAGGUGAUCCCGCGAGGUCGCUUCUUGAUUAGAGAGACUGCUAUCGCUGUCUGGCAGUUUCUAGUUCUAGAUACAGUCACUGCAUUGACCUUGAAACAAACCAUGAAUAACCCAGACGAAGAACGGUCAAUUUCUUCGGAUCCCCAACAGAAUAACCCCGGGCAAGAGUGGACAGAACAGUUUAUACAGACCCUCGUGGCUUGGUUCGUUGUGUCUCGGGUCUUGCUCGGCUUCUACUACCGCGUUGCUUCGAUCAUCUGUGUGAGCCUGGGUGAUUCUCCCUCGAACAGCCCGCCGAUCAUUGGCAGAAUGGCAGAUAUAUACACACUACGCAAUUUCUGGGGAACAUUCUGGCAUCAGAUGCUACGACUACCCCUCACGUCGAUUAGCAACUUUCUCGCUCGUGAUGUCCUCAGUCUGCCUAGAUCGCUCGUGGAACGAUACGUCAACGUUUUCAUCGUUUUCUUUUUCUCCGGCUUGAUCCACGUAUUAAUCGAUAGUCUGCGAAACGUUUCACUAAAGGAACUUGGGACCAUGUCCUUUUUCCUCUCUUUCGUUGUCGGCUAUAUGAUUGAAGACGGUGUCAUAGAGCUCUGGAAGCGAACGCGGGCCCCCCAGAACGAUAAACUGCCCGCUUUGUGGCAAAGAGCACUUGGCUUUUGCUGGGUCAUCACAUGGCUGGCGGUUACGUCUCCUUGGUUUUUCAGGUCGGCGAUGCAAAAGCCGGAGGAACAGAUGAUUUUGGUUCCUUUCAGUGUUGCAGGGUUUAUUAGCCUUCCUGUGUUGCAGAGUCUAAUCAUUGGGGGUGGCCUUGUGUUGAAGUUUGUAUUCGAGGGAGAGAUUUGA